AUGUCGCCAGCCGCCGCCAAAGCCUCCGCCACCGACUUGCAAUGCUCCCGGGACGACUUAACCCUCCCUCUAGCAGGUGCGGGCACGCAGGCGCGGUGCGUGGGGACUUACAGACAAGUGCCUGCUGAAGCUGUGGAGAUGAAAGCCCGAGGCUUGAGGAUCCCCUUGCUGCUCUUGCUGGUGAUUGUAGUUGUAAAGGCCAGGCUGAGUCACAUCCAAAGGUGGGGAGGCUUCAAGGAGCAGGCCACAAGUGAGAAAAACAUGAACUCUACAAUCCACUUCUUCAUCCAAUCCUAUAACAAUGCAAGCAAUGACACCUACUUGUUUCAAGUUCAGAAGUUAAUUCAAAGUCAGAUGCAGCUGACCACAGGAGUGGAGUAUUUGGUCACUGUGAAGAUUGGCAGGACCAAAUGCAAGAAAAACGAGACAAAGAAAGCUUCCUGUCCUCUGCAAAGCAACAAGCUGAAAAAGAGCCUGGUUUGCAAAUCACUGAUAUAUACCGUGCCCUGGAUGAACUACUACCAGCUCUGGAACAAUUCCUGCCAGGGUAGCAAAGAUCUCUACUGA